UCACUCAACUCAAGGAGCUAAAGAGACUGAGCUGACACAAAAUGAGAGGACCUGUUGUCUUGGUCUUGGUUACUUUGACCUGCUUUGCCACCGCCCAGCACCAAGCACUGAUUGACUACUUGGAGCGAAGGCUGCUCGCUAUUGAGGACCGGAUCUCUCUGUGGCAUGAACAGACCGCCCGCUACGCCUCCGAGCUGCGGGCUCUGAAGCAACAGAUGGUUUCCCAGCUGGAGAACCUGGAUAAAGAGAAAGAGACAUUGAGAAUGAAUCUGGACGGUGUGGGGACGAGGGUGGAUCGGGUAGAGCGUGAGCUGGACUACCUGGAGACUCAGAACGGAGCUCAGCCGUGUGUGGACGUGGACGACAAACUGAUAGAGCAGCAGGUGACGCUGGUGAAGGAGAAGCAGAAGGCCAAGUAUUCAAAGCUAUCAGACUGCAGCGACAUGAUCUCCAGCAUAAAAGCCAUGAAGAUCUUGAAGCGAGUCGGAGGGCCAAAGGGCAUGUGGACCAAAGACACCAACAGAGGCUCUGGGAAGGUCUACAUUUUUAACGGGACAGAUGAAGACACCAUCCAUGAGUUUUCCUCUGUGCAAGACUUCUCCCGCUCGCUGGGCAUUACUCUGUCCAAGAACCUAAAGCUGCCGUCUGCCUGGAGGGGAACAGGACACGUUGUCUUCAACAAUUACGCGUAUUAUAUAACUCUGGCUGAAGAGAUAAUGAUUGUUAAAUUUGACAUGAAGAACAGCUCUGUGACAGAAAGCACAGUGUUCCCACUGCAGGACCAUGUCCCAGUGUACGGCCUGACCCCGGAGACAGUGAUGGACCUGGCUGUGGACGAGGAAGGCCUGUGGGCCAUUUAUGCCACGCGGCAGAACGAGAGGUACAUCUCUCUGGCGAAAAUGGACGCCACCUCGCUGGACAUCGAGCAAAUGUGGGACACAAACUGUCCGAGAGAGAACGCGGAGGCGGCUUUUGUCAUCUGUGGCACUUUGUAUGUAGCGUACAACACCAAGCAGCCCGGUCGCUCACGUGUCCAGUGUGUGUUUGACGUCAAUGGUAUGGUGACCAACGAAGACGCACCACUGAUUUACUUCCCAAAGCGUUACGGAUCGCACUCCAGUCUGAAGUACAACCCGCAGGAGCAGCUUCUCUAUGCCUGGGAUGAUGGCUACCAGAUCCUGUACAAGCUUAUCAUGAAGAAGAAACUAGAGAUUUAAACGAAAUAAAACACCGCACCAUCUUCCCACAAAUACCACAAACCCCCUAAAAGUACCAUACCAGUGUUUUUUUUUUACAAGUUUUGGCUCCUCAACUACAAAACACGUGAACUAAAUAUUACUGCUGAGCAUUUUAAAUGCAUGCUGGAGGAUUUAAGAUUUUUGAAUGUGCCCCUUGAAACUUACUUUAACUGUGGAAUACAGUGACCGUCAAGUUAAUUUUAGUUAUUGUGACCUGACCGUUAAAGUCCAGACUGAUUUGAAAAGCCUUAACAAUUACAGAUGUAUUUUUUUUAAUGUGUGCACUGUGACAUCUCAAGAUAGUUUCAAGAGUCUGCAACUUGAUUUUCAUACCAAUGCGAAAAUGAAUGGACAACAACGAAGGCUAGAAAAAUAAAGUCAAUACUGUCAAAAGUCCAAACACUCCGUAUGCAACAUGAUCAGAAGUGAUGUGAAGUAUUCGUGAUUUGUAGUGAAUCAACUAAACAUGCAAUAUCACUGGUGUGGGCUUUAAGUCUCCAAAAGCCUAAAAAGGUUCAAAAGUGCUGGAUCGUAGAAGUGUAUCUGUAUACUUUCACACUUUCAGAUGUGAAUGUUUGACAUAUUUUCUCAUUUUUAAAGGUAUCACGUGAUUUCAGUUUGUCAUCGCUGCCAAACACUUAUUUCUAAUCAGAAUUCACUUGUCUCAGUCAUAUCUGUGUCUACUUGUCAACUUGCCUGCGAUCUUUUGUUUUGAAUCACUCAAGCUUGUUUCUUUUUGUUCAUGCUGCAAAUAUUAUGCUUUUAAAUUGGUAGAAUUUACCUGACUGCUCACUUUAAUCUAACUGUCACAAUCCGUCCAUCUUUUUCUAUUUUACAUGUAAUUUUGCCGUAUGAAUAACUUUUUAAUACAUCUUGGUAGCAUUGCUGGAUGCAUAAAAAUAUAUACUGUGUCUACACAGUAUAUAUUAUAUUACAGUAUAUAUUAUAUGUUUAGUAUAUAUAACCCCUAGUUCAGAAGAUAGCAUUAAAAAUAAACAUUUUGUUUAGUUAUGCUUCAAAUUUCAUCUUGGAGCUUUAUUUAUUAAUCAGUCUUUCAACAUUUCUGGUACAUUGUUAAAAAAAAAUCAAGAACUAUCCUAAUCAAAGUAAGUACUAUGGUGUUGCAGGUAUAAUGCUACCACAACAAUGUUGUCACGAUGACGGGCAACCUCAGAGCUGCAAUAAACAUAACUUGGAUAUUAGGAUACCUGCAUGAAACAGCUAGCUGGCUAGUGCUGUCAUAUUUCUCAGUUUAUGCAUGGGAUGAAUUUUUCUCAUAAGUUGAGCACAUACGUAUUUUGUGGUUUUCAAUUUUUACCAAAUCAAAUCACCAAAAAAAGCACCACUUUUCAACUAUACAUCUAAUAUAAUGCAAUUGUUUAUUAAUUUAUAUCUAAAUAUAACAUAUCGAUUUCCUACUGUUUGCUUAUAAUAUGCAAAUUUUCCCAUUUUCAUCUAUGCUUUCUGCCUCUAAUUAUUGUUCAUUUUGAUAAUAAAAGUACAACUGUUAAUGCAAGAAGUCUGUCAUAUACAGAAAAGAAGAUACAAACAUAUUAAAGCCACUAUGUGUAAGAUUGAAUGAUUUUAGACUUUGUCGCCCUCAGUGGUAGCAUCAAAAACGACACUGUGGCAGAAAGCAAUACAUUACUUUCUCUGUGAUUUUGAUUUUCUGUGCUGACGUUCUGUUACUGUACAUCUUUUCUUGAUUUCAACUUUGUUUCUUGAAGCUGACCUGCAUGAACUGACAUGACGUCUAAAUUCGGCGUGACUAAUAAAAACGUAUUUAGUUGUA